AUGGUGUGCAGCUUCAUACACCGACAGCUGCGCCUGCCGCUGCUGAUCAAGCUGUGCGGUUGUCUGUGCCUGGUAUGCGCAGUACUGUGCGUGGUGGUGACCGUGACCACGACUGUACUCCACAUGAACCGUCUCCAGACGCUGCAUGAGUGCGAAUACCUGCCUGAUGCCGCGUCCUGUACCUGUACGCCCUACGCAGGCAUCGCAGGCCCUGGACAACACAACGAGCGGUACGUGUUCUCGCACGUGCGCUCGUGCCUGGUGAUCCACGGGCCGCUGUACGCGUGCCUGCGCGCCAUGUUCGGCCUGUCCGUCAUCGGCAUCCUCGUGUCCAUCUUCUCGUGCAUGCUCGUGUACCAGCUGCUGAGCCACGAGAAGAAGAAGAUGUAUUGGUCGCAGCUAGAGUCUCGUCGCCGUCAGCUCUACCGCCGCCCCUACGCCCUCACGUCACCAGGGUCAGGAGACCUGACACGUGACGGAGGUGAAGCCCUCAGUGCCAUCACAGCCACUACCCGCCUCGCCCCCGACUGCGUCUGCUGCAGCGACGACUAUGGUUUCCCCACCUCCAUAACACAGGAGGCCCUCUACCCCUACGCCUUGUGGGACACCAUCGAUGAGAGGUGUUGGUCGUCAGGCGUCCUGAGCCCCGAGGCAGACACGCCUGGCGGGAACGGCGCGCGGUCUUUGCUGCUUCACCUGCACCACCCGAGCUAUGCUGCCGGGGGCUGCGUGGAAGACGGAGUACGCCAGCACCCUCAUCACUCCGGCGUCCUGCUAAGGCCCUUCAUGUCCCGGGGCUUGGAGGGGCGUCUUGGCUUCCGACAUCCCCGCGGCAGCCGUCCGCUAUCUGAUCCUGGGGUCGCCUUGCAUCUGCCUCCUUAUCCUCCCCCUUCCUUCCCCGAGGCCUUCAUGCCCAUGGGGUACCCCGACGCGUUCCCUGGAUAUCUCUGGGGCCCUCCUCCUCCUUAUUCACAACCCACCUCAACCGAAAAUAUUGCCAACGUCACCACCAUGGCUGGCGAGUCCAUGUCGCCGUCACGUGGAGGAGACACUGCACCGUCAGGUCUUCGUCACGAGGGCUCGUCCGUUCUCAUGUCCCCUGCUCACCGGCCCCCGACUCUGGCUGACCUCAUGAGAGGCCCCGCCAGUCCCCCAGGAAGAGGACUGACCAUGAGUGGCUUAGCCAUCAGCCAUGAGGCUCAGGACGUGACCUCCCCAAGCCGUCCUCUUGGCAGGCCCCCCCGCGCUCGUCAUAAAAAGAAAUGGGACGUUAUCCCCAGCAGUGAAGGUGACGUCGUUGACUCUACCUCUCACGGUACAAAUUCUCUACCUCAUAGACAUAGGGACAAGAAACUAACUUUAGGACAAGUCAAGUCUCUCGACGACGUCACUGAACACAAGCGCGAUGAGCGCGUCGACACCAUAUUUUGUGAUAGCAAAGACAUAAAUUCCUUUGCGAAAAUCCAGAGAGAAAUAAAUAUUGAUAAGCCAGGCUCGAAACAUUUGAAGAGUGUGAGUGACCCAAAGUCUGUGUAUAGUACAGGCAAAAUGGAUCCAGAAUCAGAAAUAUACUUCGCUGACGUGUCGUCUUGCGUGUCGAUCAGACCUGACAGUGAAGAGGUGAUGUAUUAUUCAGACCCCACCAGCUCUGGAAGUCACCAAUACUCCAUGCAGCGGCAGAUUUAUAUUGACCCUUCAAACACGUACCCUGAUAACCUUACAUCGUCACGCGCGUCGUCUAACGUGUACGAGCUGGUGAGAGAGGCCAGCGAGGACGAUGAAGAUGUAGGUUCUCACCACACGUCGGAUGACACGAUGAUCGUCCAUACCUCGUCCUCGAGUCCUAGCUUGACGGGGGACACCGAAGCCGGGGACACUGAGAACACUUACAGUGUCAUAUCCCCGGCCACGGAGCCCUUGAGUGUCGAGUCUUCCGUAGGGAUGGAAGUGGACGGCGGGCCUUGCAAUACUUCCUCCUCCCCAACUCAUCCUGUAUUUGAGAGAACCGAUUCUACAUGUUCUGCCAAAACUAACAAUGUUUCUGUUAAUAACGUCAUCAACGAAGAUAGUAGGAAUGCUAAUGAGGAAAAACUUAUAAUAGGGAAUUUAUCGCCCUCAACUUCUGAAGAAACAGUUACCUCAAGCAUUAGUAACCUGAACCUGCACCAUCCGCUUCACCCAGUACACCACGCGCACCAUCAGGCCUUCCAUCAUCAUUUGACCCAUCAUCAUCAUUCCAUGGACGCUUCUCUCACGAGUAUUGGUAUUGGCAGAAAGAAAAGAAGCAAAAGGCAUGAACCACGAAACGAAAAAUGUUCUAGCAAAAGGUGCAGUAAAGCCAAACUAAUGAAGCCUAGUGAAGAACCUUUACACGAAGUUGUGCACGACUCCACAUCUAGAGACUCAAGUCUAACUCUUGAAGCCAAAACGCCAGCCAAACACAAGCUCGACUCAACUUUUCCCAGUAAACCUUAUUCUACAGAUAAGCCCACCAUGAAACUGAAACAGCAUCGCCUUCGAAAGCAUCACCCUAACCACCACCACCACCAUUCAGACGUGCCUUUACAGUCAUCUUCAUCUUCGUCUUCAACAAGUCUGCCAUAUCCUGACAUGGCAAAGCCAGAACAACUGCAGGAUCCCAACGGCAACGUCUCUAAGCCUGCCACUAAUUGUCAUCUUCUUGACGUGAAUUCCGUCACUGUGGCUGAAGAGAAAACGAGUCAAAAAUCGACAAGCGGGAUGGGCUCAAGUAAAAAAAAUGUUCCUACAUCGAAUGAAAACAGCAAAUCCAACCCUUCUAAUUCAUCAAAUAUUUUUUCAAAGAAACCCAGUUCCGACAGUAAGGGAAUCACUUCACCCAUAAGAAAGCCUCGCUCAAAUCUGUCCCUACCUCUUCGUAAGCUAAGCGCAGCCACAGUUGCUUCUGAGGCGCCCACCAUCUCAUCCGCUGCAAAAAGAACCCCAGAGGCGAUGGUCGAAGACAAAAACAAUAUCUCCCCUUCAAAAGACAGAGAAACACGUAAAAAGCGAUGUAGUGAAAAAGCGAAAGGUGCACAAAAGUCAUGUACUCAAGCGAAUAUUACUCGGGAAAUAUCAAGUGAUGAUUUGAUAGCUACCAAAGAUUUGAAAUCUGAUUCCAGACAGUCAACAAACAGUGAAGCAGACAGCAAUUUUUUUAAGAGAACACGCAGGUUAAAGCCAGAGGUAGCGAUAACUAAAGCUGUAGUCACGCAAGAGUUGAACACUGCGCCAUUAGCUCAACAGCCUCCAGUGAGUGUAUCUGCAUUGCUGGACGACUCGAACGUCGCAUCUGAUGAACCUGGCCACCCCACGCCAGCAAGUCUGGUGCCACAGCAAGAUGAAGUUCCCGAUUCUGCUCGUCGUGCGCCAAAUGUUCAUCAUUUGUUACAAAACCUUAAGUCUGUUAACGUAUAAUGUUUUCUGUGUAUAUUCGUGUAGACUCAACACAUUGUCAAUUAUUCCGAUGAUUCUCUUGUCCUAGAUGUGAAUGAACAGAGUUUAACUGAUUUUUUCGCGCGAGAAGGUUAUUUUUAAAGUGUGUGUUCCAUAGGCGCCGCUGUGUAGCACUUGUUUUUCAUUUGUUAUAACAUAUUAAAUGUUAGUAAUUGAUGAAAGUUCACGAAAUCCAAUUUAAUGAGCGUUGCCGGGUGAGCAUUCAAAAGGUAAAUUUCGUUAUUCCGAACCAGAGAAGUCCCGGGGUGGUCGCGUGGAUAAGAUGUAAGAUUUUAAAAGCGGAUUGCGAGUUCGAAACCCUCUGACAGCUGUGAAAUUUCUUGUCGAAAUUAUUGAUGUGAGCAAGUGAUUGAGCACAGCGCCAUCGAAACAUUGAGUUGCGGGUUUGAAACCCGCAUCUAGCUGUCAACAUUUUACGAAGACUAAAAUCUGUGUCCUAAAAAGAUGGCCUAACCAUUUAUGCUGGGGUCACCAUAUCACAUGAAAAGCCGGCGUCAAUCGUACAAAGAACUAAAAUAAUUCUUCAUUGUUUCGAUGAAUUUCUGCAGAUAUUUUUGUCGUCCUUGUUGUAUAAUUACAAUUAUUGUUUGUAUAAUUAUAGUACGGGUAUUUUGUUAGACACGAGUGCCAGAGAUUCUCGCUCGUUUUCUUGUCUUAAUGUUAGCUGACGAAGCUCUCUUCUUAAAUCCUACAGACUCGUCUCGACGUCUACUUCUUAAUUUAAAGGAGUUAUUACAUAAUUAAUAAAUGCAGGAAUUAUUUCCAUAAUUACGUUAUCGCUGGCAAGACUUUUAAUGCAGCGCAUAACGACCUCUGAUAUAAAAUAUUCGCUAUCAUAUAUAGAAUGUUAACCCAAGCCCAAUAUAAUGUUAGUGUCAGACCCACUGAGGCUUUGUUAAACGUUUGCUUGCAAGAAUUCUGCAAUACUUAAGAAUACUGCAGCAUUUUGCUAAUGUUGAUUACUGCGCUUAUGGUGAAACUUUCGACUGCAUAGCGUAUCUUGAUUUAUUCGUUGAUGAGCUGAGGAAUGACGAUUCUCAUUAAACGUGUGCCGAAGAUUGAUAAAACGAAAUGUAACUUAAAUUUUCAACGAAUCAAGUUACUUCAGCUUGAUAUUUAGAUCGUUUUGGGACUUUUUUCUGGGUUUAAUAUUCCAUGUCUGAGUGUCAUCUCAUCCGACAAUUUUAUAAUUAACUACACAAUCCUGAUCCUUUAACCUGAAUUUCUAAUAAAAUGAAUUUUGUACGUGCAAGAAAAGUGAGUAAAGCUGAGCAUAUGAUGCAUGUGAUCGUUGUGGCGUAUACACAUGUGUUCUGAUGAGAUGUUCUGGCUAAGCCAAUCAUGGUCAGUCCAAAUGUUCUAAUGAGUGUUUGCUGCGAGACAAGUUCUGUUAGUAGCUGCCAUAUACACAUGUGUUCUGAACACAUGUAUACACAUGUGUUCUAAUGAGUGUUUGCUGCGAGACAAGUUCUGUUAGUAGCUGGCAUAUACACAUGUGUUCUGAACACAUGCAUACACAUGUGUUCUAAUGAGUGUUUGCUGCUUGCUGCGAGACUAGUUCUGUUAGUAGCUGCCAUAUACACAUGUGUUCUGAACACAUGUAUGCACAUGUGUUCUAAUGAGUGUUUGCUGCGAGACGAGUUCUGUGAGUAGCUGGCAUAUACACAUGUGUUCUGAACACAUGUAUACACAUGUGUUCUAAUGAGUGUUUGCUGCGAGACUAGUUCUGUGAGAGGCUGGCAUAAUUAGGAGGCACACUAUAGCUUGUUUGCCAGGUGAGACCAGCCAACGCACAGGUGUAGGCGUAAUAUAAAAAAAAUAUAACUCAGUACUCACUGCAGUGAGUGACACAGAACGCAUUUUAUUGUCCGUCCGUUCGUGGAGUCACGGGCAGACAGACGGACGGACGGACAUGACGAGGACAAUAGCACCUUUUUUCCAUAAAUGAGAAAAUGCGCUAAAAACAAGCAAGCGAAAAUCCAACAGCCAUUACCGACUCUCACAACAUCACUCGCGCAGCCUUCAAGAAACAACAUAGCAGUCCAUAAAUUAAUGAAUUGGUCGGAACUGCACUUCAGCAACAACGUGUUUGGCUAGAUCCAUAAUCCGCUUUAACAAUAAGUCGCUUAUUAACUCAUCAAAAUCUUCAUUAGUCGGAUUGUAAUAUUUAUUUUGUUCAUCUGUGCAUACGUAUGAGAAUUGAGGGUAAAGAUGUACGCGCUUAUUUAUAACGUUUCAUGUCUGACGAGCGUGUGUAACUCAAUGCACUGCAUUGUAAUUCCGUUCAUCAGUGUCUGCAGUAAAUAUAAAUCUCACUUUGCCCCUCGAUCGUAAAAUUUGCAUUAGUAGAAAGGAACACUUGGCUGCAAUUAUGCAACGAGUAACAGUAAUGACAUUACAUUAGUAAUGAUAGUAAUGACAUUAAUGUAACGAGUAACAGUAAUGACAUUAUAUAGGCACACGUGUUACUCCUAGCUGAGCAGUGUUGUGAUGACGAGCUCUCUUGUUCUGGGGCCAUACUUUCAAAACUCGCUAAGUGAACGUAAGUACUUACGCU